AUGAUGCCCACACAGCCGCCACCAGCAGUGCGCCCAGCACAGGGACCCCGUCCCAUCGCCUUCACUCCCGUGGCUCCCCCUCCUGCCCACCGCAUGCCCACCGCUCCCCCUCCUGGCAUGGGCCCCACUGCCCCUCCCCCCGGGGUCUUCCCCCCUGGCGCGCCCCCCCCUGGGGUGCUUCCCCCCGGAAUCCCCCCCCCUGGCGCUGCCCCCAUGAUGCGCCCCACUGGCCCCCCUCCUGGCGUGCGCCCGCCUGGUGCUGCUGCUGUGGGUGCGCCUGGGGCGGUUGCUCCUCCUGCUGCUGCGGCUGCACCUGCGCUGGCUGCUCCCGAGGCUGCGCCGCCUGCCCCGCCGCCCACGGUGCAAACUGCCGACACCUCCAACGUGGCCCGUGAGUGCGCUGCUUUGCCUGCCCUCUCGUUCUCCUCCUUCUCUCCCCUCCAUUCCCCUCCCCCUCCCCUCCCAUUCCCCUCCCAUUCCCCUCCCAUUCCCCUCCCAUUCCCCUCCCCCCUCCCUUUCCCCUCCCAUUCCCCUCCCUUUCCCCUCCCAUUCCCCUCCCAUUCCCCUCCCAUUCCCCUCCCAUUCCCCUCCCAUUCCCCUCCCAUUCCCCUCCCAUUCCCCUCCCAUUCCCCUCCCUUUCCCCUCCCAUUCCCCUCCCUUUCCCCUCCCAUUCCCCUCCCUUUCCCCUCCCAUUCCCCUCCCAUUCCCCUCCCAUUCCCCUCCCAUUCCCCUCCCUUUCCCCUCCCAUUCCCCUCCCUUUCCCCUCCCAUUCCCCUCCCAUUCCCCUCCCAUUCCCCUCCCAUUCCCCUCCCAUUCCCCUCCCAUUCCCCUCCCAUUCCCCUCCCAUUCCCCUCCCAUUCCCCUCCCAUUCCCCUCCCAUUCCCCUCCCAUUCCCCUCCCAUUCCCCUCCCAUUCCCCUCCCAUUCCCCUCCCAUUCCCCUCCCAUUCCCCUCCCAUUCCCCUCCCAUUCCCCUCCCAUUCCCCUCCCAUUCCCCUCCCAUUCCCCUCCCAUUCCCCUCCCAUUCCCCUCCCAUUCCCCUCCCAUUCCCCUCCCAUUCCCCUCCCAUUCCCCUCCCAUUCCCCUCCCAUUCCCCUCCCAUUCCCCUCCCAUUCCCCUCCCAUUCCCCUCCCAUUCCCCUCCCAUUCCCCUCCCAUUCCCCUCCCAUUCCCCUCCCAUUCCCCACCCAUUCAAUUCCCCGGCCGCUCCGCCACCCACAAUACAAACAGCUGACACCUGUAACGUGGCCCCUGCCUGAGCUGCGUCCAGUGGUAAGCACGCUGGUGAGGGUGUUCAAGGAGGCAGCAGCGGCAGUGGCGGCGCAGGGCAAUGCAGGCAAGAAGAGGGAGAUGGAUGCCAACAGCAGGAAGCUCGGGCUGCUGCUGCAGCGCCUCAACCAGCGGGAUGUGUCGCCCUCCGUGACCGGAAAGCUGCUGCCCCUCUGUGCUGCGCUGGAUGCUGGGGACUAUGCCACUGCUCUGCACAUUCAGGUGGAUCUGACGACCAAGGACUGGGAGGAGUGUGGCGUGUGGCUCACAGCGCUCAAGAGCGUCAUCAAGACGAGACAACAGCUCGGAUGA